AAACAUUCAAGCCAGUAGCGUAUUACGUUAUUUUUGCUUCGAUUUUUAUUCACGAUCAGUCAGUUAGUCGCUUUUCAGCGAGCGCGAUAGUCCGCCGGUAAUGUUAUCAUUACAACUUUUUAAUAUUGUCACGAAAAAUUCGCGUACCGCUAACUGAUCCCAUGAAUAGAGGAGAAUUUUCGCAAAUCUUGGCCGUUGUGACUGGAACAAUCGGGGCUAUAACAGAUGGCAUGCAAUAUGGAUGGACGGCACCGGUCAUUCCGAUCCUUCAGAGAAACGACACCCCCAUUGCCAUUACGCAUGAAGACAUCGUGUGGCUAGAAAAUGCAUACAUGCUAGGUGGUUUGGCCGGUCUCGGCGUGACAAUUUUUAUCGUAGACAAAUUCGGAAGAAAAAUGUCAAUCCUUAUGGCCGCCGUUCUCCAUCUUAUAGCCUGGGUCCUGAUCCCCGUAGCUUCGACCGUUGGGGUUCUCUUUGCGGCCAAGUUCAUCGCCGGUCUUGCUGGAGACGUCGGAUUCGUGGCCGCUCCCAUGUACAUCGGGGAAAUCGCGGACAAACGUAUUCGCGGCUUCUUGGGGUCAAUGAUCGUCAUUAUGAUGAUGCUCGGCAUUCUCAUUAUCUACGUCGUAGCGCCUUACGUUUCUCUAGCAAUAUCGUCGUCAGUAGGAGCCGCAAUUGUAACGUUUCAACUAAUGACUUUCAGUUUCAUGCCCGAAUCGCCUUAUUAUCUAAUCGUGAAGGGAAAGCACCGGAAAGCGUUGCAAUCUCUGCAAAGACUUCGAGCUCGCGAUGACGUCCACAAGGAGCUGGAAGAGAUCCGUCUGGCUGUGGAAAGACAACAAUCGGAAAAGGGGCGACCGAUCGAUCUUCUCAAAAUAAAAAGCAAUCGCAAAGCUUUAUUAAUCGUCACGUCCCUGAAUGCCUUUCAACACUUCAGCAGCAUAAGUAUCAUGCUCAUGAACGUGCACAGUAUCCUCGGGGAUGGGUAUUUUUCGGCCAACACUUCUGCUAUAAUCGUUUCUGUAAUAAUGCUUGUGGCAUGUAUGGCAGGGUCCCUGAUAGUUGACAGAUUUGGCCGAAAGGUGCUUCUAAUUAGUUCCAGUGUUUUGACCGGUAUAUCCCUCUUCAUUUUAUCUACGUAUUUUGCCGUCGAAAACGCGGGGAUGGAAGUAACUGAAUUCAACUGGAUUCCGCUGGCAUCUGUCCUUCUGUAUUCGGUUGCUUUUAAGUGCGGUUUGGGGAUGGUUCCCCUUGUUUCGACCGGGGAACUUUUUCCGACCAGCGUGAAAGCGAUGGGGAUGACGCUCUCGGACGCGUUUUACGUAAUCUUCGCGAUUAUUUCGAUCAAUAUUUAUCAAGGUUUAACCGAUCUGUAUGGAAAACAUGUUCCCUUUUACAUUUUUGCCGCUUCAUGUUUCCUGGCUGCGUUAUUUGUUUAUUUUUAUAUUCCAGAAACUAAAGGGAAAACACUCGAGGAGAUUCAGUUUAUACUUAAAGGAGAAUCGUUUGAUCGUAGCAAAAGACAAUACGAGAUGGUUGCAGUGUCGUCAUGAUAAUAUUAUUUCACAGAUACACUGAUGAGUAUUAAUCGAUAUUCCUAAAUAAGUACUUAAGUUGCCCUUUGCAGGGUUGCAAAAAGAUUUUGUAAUGAGUAGAUAAAGGAAAUAUUUUCCAUUAAUACUUCUUUCAUGAGUAAUGGAAAGAAUUCGCACUAAUAAUUACCAUUUUUAAGGAGCAGUGGUAUCUACUAUUGUUUUUGAGUAAUGCGUUAUGAAAAGUAAAGCAUUAUUAGCAACCCUGUUCUUCUCUUGUACAAACAUUUUUUUUGUUAAAUUUUUAAUACCUACAUAUAUAAUCGAUAAUUAUUAUAAAUAA